AUGCCAGCAUCAAAGCCUGUCCGUCAUCUCUCUACGUUCCAAUACGCCUUAGCAGUAUGCUCUAUAGCAUUCUCUCUUAGCCAUGCCAAACCCAUUGCUGAAACUGCAAUCGAUGAUUUCCAUAGUCUCGCAUCUUCUCCCAAGCGCGGCCUCAUUUACAUCCCCCGCGACGGCCACCCCGAAGACGAUAAAAUUUGGACCCAGCCCGGUUCCACUCUAACAUGGUACUACAACUACGGCCCCGACCCCACCUAUACCUCCUCUCCUCCCUUGCAACACGUGCCUAUGAUAUUCGGCCCCUACUACAACGACUUCGCCUCCAAGAUCCGCGCACGCGUUGCCGCCGGAGGUAAAGUGCCUCAAAUCCUAACCUACAACGAGCCUGACCUACCCUUCGAGUACGGUGGCAGCAAUGCCGACCCCGCGGUGUGCGCAGAGCACUGGAUCUCUGAGCUCGAGCCGUUGCGUCGAGAUUUGGGUAUCGAGAUCGGCGCGCCAGCCGUAUUGGUGCCCGGUACUAGUAACGGAGACUAA